UCAAUCUAUUUUAAUUUUCAAGUAAUUAUUAAAUUCUUAUUUUUGCUGUGAUUUUCUCAAGCAAGCAUGAAAUUAAUAGACAUGAAAACAGUUCAAUUUCACCAGUGUAAUCCACGGGGAUCAUAAAAGAUCAAAAUCCCUGCACAGCUUUGACUGUUUAUGUUUGACAAUUACCAAAAUUGUUUGACACUCUCUAAAGUGAGGUGAUGAAAUACUUUGGACAAGUUGGAAUCUUCCUAAACUUGCCUUGCUGGGAUAUGCAGAACAACCACCGUCAUGUCAGCAGGGCAGCUCAGCAGAGGAUAAUGGUAUUUAGAUGCCCUGUAAGUAUGCGGAUUCUCUCAGUCAGCAACAUUAAUGGGGACAUGAGGCAUCCUGCUCAUGUCCUGCAUGCUUAGGUAAAGGGGGUAUUAGCAGUAAUGCUGGUUAGUCAGUCAAUGUCCUCUCUUUGCCGUGUGGUACACUGGUGAUGAUCACCAUGGGGAGCACCAAGAAGGCAGGAAACAUGUGGACCAGGAGGCAGAGUCUUUUCUCCAACUACAAAGUCACAGACUCGGAUGCUGCUCGAAGACCUUCUGAGGUCGUUUACCCACUAGCCAAGGAGAGUUGUGUGAAGACAUGGAACUCUAUGCAAGAACUGAGUAGGGACAUCUAUGAUAUUUACGCCGAGUAUGAGGAAGAAGAAGAGGAGGGUGGCCCAUUCAGCUUCUCCAGGCAGAUAUCACCCUCCAAGAAGAACUACGUGAUCAACAUCAACGUCGGGGGAAAGCCCUAUCAAAUAGCUUACAAAAUGGCAGCAAAGUACCCCAAGACCAGGAUAGGACGACUGGCCACGUACACGGAUCACAACAUGAAGUUGGACUUGUGCGAUGACUACAUAGUGACUAGCAAUGAGUACUUCUUUGACAGGGAUCCUGAGGUCUUCCACAGCAUCUUCAACUUCUACAGAACGGGUGUGUUGUGGAUCAAAGACGAGCUUUGUCCCCGCAACUUCCUGGAGGAAAUCAACUACUGGGGAGUGAGGAUCAAAAACACCAACCGCUGCUGCCGCAUCUCCUUCGAGGAGAGGCAGGACGAGCUGAACGACCAGCUAAAGAUCCAGAGGGAACUGGAGGCUGAGGUGGAGAUCGAGGAGAAUGAGGAGCUGUUCCACGACAUGUUCAUGGGUCAGACACGUCGAGCGAUAUGGAACUUGAUGGAGAAGCCUUUUUCUUCUGUCAAGGCGAAGAUGAUGGCCGUGGCCUCCAGUCUUUUUGUCCUGAUCUCCCUGGUGGCCAUGACCCUCAACACAGUGGAGGAGAUGCAGUACAAAACCCACGCCGGUCACUUAAGUGGCAAGACUUAUUGUGAAUAUGUAGAGUCCAUAUGCAUUGCUUUCUUCACCAUGGAGUAUGUGCUGCGUCUGAUAUCCACACCUGAUCUCAGAUCCUUCAGCAGGAGUGUCCUCAACACAGUGGACCUCAUCGCCAUCCUGCCGCAGUACCUGCAGGGCAUCCUGGAGUACUUUGACAGCGAGGAAAACUACAUGAAGCACGAGGCUGACAUAAAGGCGGUGGGGCAGGUGGGCAAGCUGGGGCAAGUGUUGAGGAUCAUGAGACUGAUGCGAAUCUUUCGAAUCCUGAAGCUAGCUCGCCACUCCACCGGUCUGAGGGCGUUUGGCUUCACCCUGCGCCAGUGCUACCAACAAGUGGGCUGCCUCUUCCUGUUUAUUGCUAUGGGCAUCUUCAGCUUUUCGGCCAUGGUUUUCACUGUGGAGCAUGACAUGCCGCAGACUAACUUCACCAGCAUUCCUCAUGCAUGGUGGUGGGCAGCUGUGAGUAUCUCCACUGUGGGCUAUGGAGACGUGUACCCGGAGACAGUGCUGGGUCGUGUCUUCGCCUUCAUUUGUAUCGCGUUUGGCAUUAUCCUCAACGGCCUGCCCAUUUCCAUCCUCUUCAACAAGUUCUCUGACUAUUACUCCAAACUUAAAUCCAACCAGUACACAGCCUGCCUGAAGAAACGUGGGAAGGUGAGAUUUGCCAAGAGGACAAUUAAUUCGCUCAGCAGCUGCUUUGGAAGUCAACACUGAUUCAGUUUUGAAGAAGGAUUUUUGGGAAAACUGCGUGAAAUAUGUUUGAAAAACAACUGGCAAUCCACUCCAGUGAGAUGACAACAUUUGUGUGGGAACACACUCUGCAGUCUCUCUAGGGCCACCUAGUGGCAGAAAGAAGUAUUUGAAGUGGGAAGGUCGGCAGAUAUUUCUUGAAAAAACAAGAAAAUUUGGAAAUCAUUUUAAAUUCAUUGUCAAGUAUAAGAAGCAUAAAAUAUUCACCAUAUUCUUACGGUAUUGCACUGUAUUGGAGAAG